GACGACACGUGUUAAACGCAAGACGCAUUCCACUACAAAUUGAGCGGUCGGUCAAAGCAGAAUUGGAUACUGUACCACACGACAGAUCAGCUAGAUUGAACGCACACCCAGCUAGCGCAAUGCAGAGCAGCAAAUCAAAUUCCAUCAGACCAGUCGAGCAAACGACAACGAGCCAAAUGGCAAGAGUUCAUCACUCACAGUCUCACUCACACAAAUCUUUUCCAAUGACACUCAGUCUGGCUGGCAUCUCAUCUCACCCACACUCGUAUCAGUGGUCUCCCAAGACGAGUGUGGGUGAGAUGAGAUCGCACACACACCUCCGCCCCUUAAGACGUAAUGGACACCAGGGAGGCCAAGAGCCUAUACUCAAUGUACACGGUUUCGCCAGAGCCGCUCAGUGUGGCCGGCAGGAUAAGUCGCCGCACCUCACCCACACGCAUGUCAGUAAGGACCUCCUGGAGCCACCCAGCACAGCUAGACACAAGAUGCUCCGGCCCACGGUGCUCGCCUAUCUUGUCUUGUCCGUCGAAGCCGUCACGCCACUCGAUGACGUCGAACUUGACGCGCUGGUUACUUGUCGGUUUGGCUCCACUGCCCUGCUGCACGAUCUUGUACUGCACUCCAUUCAACAUCUGCGCGAAGUCAAACCUGAGCAGUGACAGACAAGACAGUGAGUGAAGACACCAGUGCACUGUGUUGUUGGGGUCUUACUGUCGCUGCCGUGUGGAUGGCACUUGCCCGAGACCACCGCUGAACGACCAACGAUGCAGAGAAUGAGCACAUGAGUGUCGGCGCUUCCGCAUCGUGCUACUCACAAUGUCUGAUGUGCUUUACUGGCUUUGGGGCUCUCGUCGGUGAGGCCGUACAUAAACGCAUUGAUGUCGAACGCAGCCUGCUCAGUAGCACUGGCCAUCUUGAGCACCACAGCCAUCUCAGCCGGCGACGCGCCGAGCCGUUUGCGGCGGUAGUGGUCGACCAUACGGCUGACGUGGUCGGCCUGGACGUCCUCCACUGGUCGCGACCACCUACACACACAGGGAAGCAGCCAUGGUCCGUCAUGCGGCGGGUAUCUGUUUGGUGCUUACAUGUCAAAACGAUUUCUGAGUUUGUCGCUCAUUUCGUCGAUGGUCGAUUGCGUCGUGGCGAUCUUUUCUCCACAGACAUCCACGGAACGAAUCGAUUCGCUGCCAUUCAGAGGUCGCAGAAACGGCGUGACCGCCUGAUUCAUUCACACACAUACACACGUAGAGCAUCGGACAUACGUGUAGCUCGUCCUUUGCCGCUGCUUUCUGCUCGUCAGUCACCUUGAUUUCGUUGCCAACGUUCUUGUAUCGUUGUCUGGCGGCCUCCUGCUCGCCCUCCAGCCGGACCUUUUCAGCAGCAAACACCGUGACAAAACAGCCGACCGCCUCGACGAAGUCAUUAAGGUCCUUUGGGUUCCCGCUCAGUCGCAUCUUCGGCUCAGCGACGGCACCAAUUGUCCCUGCAGCAGCCGACGCGAUUGCUGACAGCAUCUUCCUGAUCCAGUAAUCGUGAAGCCCUGCACACACCCAGCACACACACACACACAGAGAGAGAGAGAGAGAUGGACAAAUGAACAAGGAAACCUCCCCCUCCCACUUUGCCCACUCACCAGUGAAGUUGCGUCUUCUCGCGUCUUCGAGUAGGUGGCUGAUGGAGGCCUGCGUGUUGGCCGUCGGGUGGGUCGCACUGCGGAUGGUCUCCGCAGCCAAGAUGGCCUUGUGGAUGACCUUGAACGCGGCCGAAUCCAUGUCGAUGACAAUCCACUCCUGGUUGUCCCUGUCGGUGAGCUUGAUGAAACGGUCGUCCGAGCUCCCACCGAACAGAGUGGCCAGCAGGGUCCCCUCGACGCCCCCUCCUUGCGUGAGGCGCUGACGCUUCACUCUCAGCUCGGCGCCGCCCACAUUGAGCAGCAGCACGUCGUCAGGCGAGGCCUUUGACGCAUCUGAUGCGUCGUGUUUCUGCCGCUCUUGCUGGGCGUCAUCAUCAGCUUGUUGAAUUUGUUUGUGAAGGGAUUCGAUGGCGUCGCUGGCCUUGGUCGUGGGAACAUGGAGCUGGUUGAGAAUGGAGAUCACACUGAACUUCUGGGCUGACAGCUCGGCCUGCAUCGCUCGCUGCAU